AUGGCUGCUGCCGUACCACGAGGUGUAGGACCUUUCCUAGCCUUUACAGAUUACACAUGGGACAAAUGUUUCGAGAUAGACACGCCCGAAGAGGUAAUCGCAUUUGUCAAAAAAGUCUGUGCAUAUAAAGAUAUGAAGACCGACCGUAUGGCUACCAACAUCGUGUCAAAAUUCAACUUGACAAAUGGGGUAUUGACGGGAUUGAUCUUCUUGACACCAACCGCGCAAGGAACGCCUCCCUAUCCGGUACUUGACCCAAUCAUGCUCCCGCUGGGCGGAGUGGAUUUACCACACUACACGGUCUUCGAUCUCCUGGGAUACUGCAUGGCACGAGCGGCAUUAUUCGAUCCCAUCGUUGAUGCAGGUCCAAAAGCACCCACGGCAGGAAACUUCUACAUGCCUUUACUAAGUUUGUUUUGCCGCUGGUCGAAGCUCCUUGUUAGUAACAACUUCCUGCCGAAUAUGCACUCCAUCACCUGGGUAGAAAAUGCCAAAGAGGUACCGCUUAAGAUCGUACUUGGUUCGACGAUCCCUACGGAUGUGGGUGGUAAACCAGCGGAACAGCCAGGCAAGACGGAGGUUCAAGAAGCUAGACUGGUGAAGAUCAUUGGUGCAGCCGCGACGAACGGGACGAAUUUCAAGACGAAAACGCCAACGGAGAAGGAUGUUGAUCCGGAAGGGAAGAAACGUAAGAUAAGAAAGGAUGAUUUCGCUUAUCCAAUGAAGAUGAACGCAGCUGGGAAGUUUGAGAAGCAAGAUUUCCAGCUGUUUGGGCACUGCUCUGAGUCAAAUCAGUUUGUGUGGUAUCCUUUCCGCCUGCGUGGUCAAACCAGCGAAACCAUCUACGGUCUAGCAAUGGCACCUCCCAAAGCCCCCAAAACAGGAGCUUAUACGUUCGGAGCCUUUGAAGGAGCGUUAGAGGAUCCAUGUAUCAACUGCCAGCGAAUGAUUCGGGUACUCCUUGGGGAGCAAGGCCAAGCGGCUAGUACGCCGAAGCCCAAGGCUAAAGUACCUACAGAUGAUGCCUUGCUGGACGAUUACUACGAGCAGUUGGGUAAGGACAAUGUCAUGGCUAAGAAGCAGAAAGCUUUGGAUAAGUCGACUAGCCAGAAUGUGUUGCAGUACUUUGGAGUCACUGAGUUGAAGAAGAAUAAGGGGCUGCCAAAUAAGAAGGGUUCGAUUGGAAUUUCAUCUUUUGCGGCGGGUGGUACUAAUCCGAGGAGUUUGAAUGCAUUAGCAGUCGCUCCUGGGGGUGGCGAUGACGAUGAUAAUGACGAUGCAGAGGGAGGUGACGAAGAAGCGGGCGAAGAAGAAGCUGACGAGGACGACGACGCUGAAGAUGCGGAUGAAGAUGACGGAGAAGCUGGGGAGGACGAUGAGGCUGGAGAAGAGGAAGGUGAUGGAAACGCGGAGGAAGACGACGCCGGAAGCGAAGUUGCAGAAGAAGACAACACCGCGGCAGAUGAAGACGAGGAUGCUGAUGACGCGGCCGGAGGAGAUGGUGAAGAUGAAGAGGCGGACGAGGACGAUGGAGAGGAGGAGUCUGGCGAAGACGCGGAGGGGGGAGAAGAAGGAGGGGGGAUGAGGGAGGAGAUGAGGAGGAGGAAGCAGAAGAAGAGGACCCUGCGCCGAUAG